AUGAGAUCGUUCCGUGCACACAGAGUUCCAAGAACAGUGAGACAAUGGUCCCAAAGAAGGUUUUACGCGGUUAGGGUUCCUGGCGAGUGCCAGAAGGAUAUCAAGACUGUAGCUGAGCUCAAAGCGUGGGGUCCGUCAUCUCCUGUGCCUGAUGUUGAGGUUUCUGGAUGGGUAAGAUCAGUACGAAAGAGCUCAGGGGUACGAUUUAUCGAUAUCACCGAUGGCUCUUCCAUGCGGCCUAUUCAAGUGGUCGUGGAUAAGAGUUUAGCUGCCGACAUGCGUCCAGGUGCAGCUGUCCGCUUGAAAGGAAUAUGGGUUGAUGAGAGCGGGAAGAAAUCUCCCACUGAUGGCUCAACUCAGACUUCUGAUACCAAGGCUGAGUGCGAGACUUCAGCAAGUCCAGAACAGCCUGAGCUGAAAGUAUCAGAGGUGGAAAUCCUUGGUGGUUCUGACCCCAUGACAUACCCGAUUCAGAACAAAUAUCAGUCUCCUGAAAGUCUUCGAACCAUCUCUCAUCUUCGACCGCGAACACCUCUGAACUCCACUAUGCUACGCCUGCGGUCAGAUGCCACCGCCAUGCUCACGCAGUUCUUUUUCCGCGAGAGAUUUCAACAGACGCACCCCCCUAUAAUCACAUCGUCUGAUUGCGAAGGAGCGGGUGAGGCAUUCGCUGUCAAGGCAUCAUCUCCAGAUGAGUUCUUCCGUGUGCCGAAGUAUCUGACAGUUUCCUCUCAACUUCACCUCGAGGCUCUCGCCCAAGCUCUCGGCAAUGUCUGGACCUUGUCUCCAACUUUUCGAGCUGAGCAGAGCGAUACUUCGCGACAUCUCAGUGAAUUCUACAUGCUUGAGGCGGAGAUGAGUUUUGUCGAUAACAUGAACGAAGUCAUGGACCUGGCACAGCGUAUGCUUAACUCGCUAACAAGUGGCUUGAAGGAACUUAGUGCUGCUAAGGAGCUUGAACAGAAUCGGUUUGAUUCGAAGGAGCCUUCCGAGCGCCUCGCAUUCAAAGACCUUGUUGAGCAAGAACAAUUGGACCGCCGAUGGCGAGGCAUGCUCACAACUACGACGUGGCCUCGCAUUACAUACAGUGAAGCUAUUGAGAUCUUGGAGCCUAUUGCUGAUCAGUUCGAGCACAAGCCUCAAUGGGGUGCUGGUUUGCAGUCUGAGCAUGAGAAGUACCUUGCUGAGAAGAUUGGGUACGACGAGACUACAGAUGCCUAUGUCCCAGUGUUUAUCACACAAUACCCGCGAGAUAUAAAGGCCUUCUACAUGCGACAGUCGUCUUCGUCCCCAUCAUCUGGUUUAACAGUUGACUGUUUUGACCUCUUGGUUCCCAACAUGGGAGAACUGGCUGGCGGCUCUAUGCGUGAGCAUCGACUUCCCCAGCUUGAAGAGAACAUGCGAGCACUGGGGCUCGAGGUCCCUAGCAAACGCUCUGUUGGAGGCAAGGAACUAGCAUGGUAUCUCGACUUGCGUCGCUGGGGUUGUCCUCCUCAUGGUGGCUUUGGACUUGGUUUCGAUCGACUCCUAAGCUACCUCUCCGGCGUGCCGAACGUCCGCGAUGUUGUCCCCUUCCCACGCCACUACCAUCGAUGCGAUUGCUGA